AUGCAUGCCCUGAAAGAGCUUAUAGAGAACGCGGUCGAUGCUGGCUCUACCUCUAUUGAGAUUUUAGUCAAAGAUGGCGGCCUCAAACUACUACAAAUAACCGACAACGGGCAUGGCAUUGACCGGGACGACCUCCCCAUCCUGUGCGAGAGAUUUACGACCUCUAAACUGAAGCAAUUCGAAGAUCUCUCAUCCAUCGGAACUUACGGUUUCCGAGGUGAAGCACUCGCUAGUAUUAGUCAUAUCGCUCAUCUCACGGUCACUACCAAAACGGCUGGUUCUAGCUGUGCAUGGAGAGCUCACUACAGUGAUGGGAAACUCGUCCCUCCUAAACCUGGACAGAGCGCCGCCCCGAAAGCUACAGCUGGCCGUGGUGGCACGCAGAUAACAGUUGAGGAUCUAUUCUAUAAUGUUCCUACAAGACGCCGAGCCUUCCGAUCUGCAAGCGAAGAGUACGCCAAGAUUCUCGAUGUUGUCGGUCGGUACGCUGUUCACUGUUCUGGGAUAGCGUUCUCAUGUCGAAAACACGGCGAGUCGGGUGCUGGUAUCUCAACACCUACGGCAGCGAGUACUGUGGAACGAAUUCGCCAGAUUCAUGGUAGUGCAGUCGCCAAUGAACUUGUUGAAUUUCAAGUUGAGGAUUCAAAGCUCGGUUUUCGCUCCUCAGGCUUGGUUACGAACGCAAACUAUCAUGUCAAGCGGACAACCAUCCUCCUUUUCAUCAACCACCGCUCUGUCGAGUCUACUGCGAUAAAACGCGCAGUGGAGCAAACGUACUCGAGUUUUCUGCCUAAAGGCGGACACCCCUUUGUGUAUAUUGACCUGGAAAUUGAGCCACAACGCGUUGACGUGAAUGUGCACCCAACAAAACGCGAGGUAAACUUCCUUAAUGAAGACGAGAUUAUCGAAUGUAUCUGCGAUGCAAUAAAAUCAAAGCUGGCCCAAGUGGAUUCCAGCCGAACCUUUCUCACGCAAACACUUCUUCCUGGUGUCACGACAAUCGAGCCGUUGAAUCGCAACAAUCCGGCCACUGGUCUGUCAGUUGAAAGUGACAGCCAAGUUCCUAGAACACCUGCGCCAACGAAGAAGCCAUAUGAGCAUAGCCUCGUGCGUACGGAUUCCAGAGUCCGCAAGAUCACGUCGAUGCUACCUCCUGCGAUACAACGAACGCCCUCCGGUCCUGAGGCGGCGGAGUCCGACCCUUCUCAAGUAGUUGAAGAGGGAUUGCAGUACGAGACUACAGACCGAGAACCUCUUCGUAUUGCCCUGACAUCAGUCAAGAAUCUCCGCGCCGCCGUCCGGUCUACCAUGCACAACAAUCUAACAGAGAUGAUCGCAUCGCAUACAUACGUUGGGUUGGUCGACGAACGACGGCGCAUCGCCGCUAUACAGUCAGGAGUGAAGCUCUACCUAGUUGAUUACGGUAUGAUAUGCAGUGAGUUCUUCUACCAGAUCGGUCUCACAGAUUUCGGCAAUUUCGGAAUCAUCAAACUCGACCCAGCGCCGAAGCUGGUGGAUCUGCUUCGAAUUGGGGCAGACGCGGAGCGAGAAGCACAUAUCGCUUCCGGGGGCCCCGUCUCGAGCCAAGAGACAACACAGCCUGAGCAAACAGGCACGGCCGAGGAAAGUGAGAUCUUUGCCAAUGCACCGAACAUAGUCGCAAAAACACUCAUCGACAGACGAGAGAUGUUGAACGAGUACUUCUCUCUUCAGAUCUCCGCAGAGGGCGACCUCCUCACUAUUCCCCUCUUACUCAAAGGCUAUCUCCCGUCAUUGGGUAAAUUGCCACGUUUCCUGCUAAGGCUUGGCCCGUACGUCGACUGGACAAGCGAAGAGGAAUGCUUCCGUACGUUCCUAAGGGAGCUUGCGGCUUUCUACACUCCCGAACAACUGCCUCCUCCACCGCCUGAAGGGUCAAAUGCCUCAGACCACAAAGAAAUUCCAGAGUCGCCGGAAGAGCAACCGGAAGAUGCGGUUUUGAGGCACCGUCGACUGCAGAUAGCUCGGAUGCUGGAGCAUGUUGUUUUCCCAGCGCUUCGGGCUCGUCUGGUUGCCACCACACGGCUUCUCCGCGGCGUAGUUGAAGUGGCGGAUCUCAAAGGUCUAUACCGUGUGUUUGAGAGGUGUUAA